AUGACCGCUCAGCCUCCAUUAACCGGGGUUAGAGUCAUUGAGCUUGCAGGCUUAGCUCCGGGUCCAUUUUGUGGACAACUUCUCUCCUCUUACGGUGCCUCAGUUCUCCGCAUCGACCGACCCGGCGACGUCAUCAACCCCGACAUCCUUACCUCGUACAAGUCAUCCUUUGUGCUAGAUCUGAAAUCGUCAUCAUCCCUACAGCUACUCAAGUCCCUCGUCGCUAAUGUCGACAUCUUGAUCGACCCAUUCCGACCCGGGGUUCUUGAAAAAUUAGGCCUUGACCCUGUUAAUACCCUCCUGACUACGAACCCGCGGUUGAUUGUGCUUCGACUAACUGGAUUUCGCCGUGACGGAAAGUACAAGGACAUGGCAGGCCACGAUAUCAACUAUCUCGCCGUUUCUGGAGUUCUUGGGAUGCUAGGAAACAAAGGGGAGCCUCCAACCCCUCCAGGCAACAUAUUAGCUGAUUACGCCGGCGGAGGCCUCGUUGCUUUUGCAGGUGUGCUGCUGGCCCUCAUUCACCGUGGUGUCAGUGGAAAAGGGCAGGUAGUCGAGGCUAAUAUGGUCGACGGUGUCAGCUAUCUUGGUACCGUGCCACGUCUGAGGACUAAAUCUCCUGCCUGGAGUGGUGAGAAGGGAACGAAUCUUCUGGACGGAGGCUGUCCAUAUUACCAGUGUUACGAGUGUAGAGAUCCAGGGAAGUACAUGUCAGUUGGAGCUUUAGAGCCACAGUUCUUCGCAAAUCUUCUGAGAGGUCUGGGUCUCGCGUUGGAUCAGGUAGUGCCGGUGGGACUUACACGAGAAGAUAAGUCAUCUUGGCCAUCCAUGCGGGAGGUUUUCACGGAGACAUUCAAACAGAAGACCAGACACGAGUGGGAGAUGAUGUUCGAUAAUAUUGAUGCCUGCGUUGCUCCUGUGCUGACGCACAAAGAAAUGGAGAGCACAGGAUACCAACACAGGCCAAUGGUGUUUCUCUCUAAUUCACCUGCUAAGCCAGUCAAUUUGGCGUGGACAGCCGAGACAAUGGAGGCUGGUCAAGGCGGCGAGGACACUCUAAAAGAUUGGAUGGGCUGGGAGAAGGGAUUGGACUACAAACUAAGCUCGGGAAUUGAGACGACACAAAAGAGUAAACUAUGA